AGCGCAAGGUACUCUUCAAGUUUCCUGGCGCUUUCGAACCAUUUACUAUAACUGUGACUACAGUUAAACAGUUAGUACAAGGUUGUCAACCUGGUUACGACAGAGCGAAGCAGAGACAGACAGAGCAAAAGCCAACAACCAACCACAACAACAAGCAUAAAACAAUCAAAUUGAACGUUUUCAAACAUACCAAAAGCGAGAAGAGAGUGUGAGCAAAAUCGAAUUGGACAACAAAGAAAAGUGCUAAAUAAAAAAAAGGAAAAUGUGCGCUUCGCUGCGUCGUAAUUUGUUGCUGCGGAGCCUCUGGGCAGCCGUUGUGCUUAUUGGCACAGUGCAGGCCGCCUCGCCUCGCUGGGAGCCACAGAUCGCCGUGCUUUGCGAAGCCGGUCAAAUAUAUCAGCCGCAAUAUCUAUCGGAGGAGGGUCGCUGGGUAACGGACCUCAGCAAGAAGACAACGGGCGCCACAUGUUUGCGUGAUAAAAUGGAUUUGCUUGAUUACUGCAAGAAGGCCUAUCCCAAUCGAGACAUUACUAACAUCGUGGAGUCAUCGCACUACCAGAAAAUCGGAGGCUGGUGUCGCCAGGGAGCACUCAAUGCGGCCAAGUGCAAGGGAGCUCAUCGCUGGAUUAAGCCAUUCCGUUGUCUAGAAGGACCAUUCCAAUCGGACGCACUGUUGGUGCCCGAGGGCUGCCUCUUCGAUCACAUACACAAUGCGUCGCGUUGCUGGCCAUUCGUGAGAUGGAACCAAACCGGAGCUGCCGCCUGUCAGGAGCGUGGCAUGCAGAUGCGUAGCUUUGCCAUGCUGUUGCCCUGCGGCAUUUCGCUCUUCUCGGGCGUUGAGUUUGUCUGCUGCCCCAAGCACUUUAAGACCGACGAGAUACGCGUAAAGAAGACCGAUAUGCCUGUCAUGCCGCCAGCUCAGCUCAACAGUAACAGCAACAACAACAACAACAACAACUUGAACGUCAACAACAACAACAAUGCGGCCAACGAUGAGCUUAGCGUGAACGAGGAAGAUGAGAGCAAUGACUCCAACUACUCAAAGGAUGCCAACGACGAUGAACUGGACGACGAGGACGAUCUGAUGGGUGAUGAUGAGGAGGAUGAAAUGGUUGCCGAUGAGGCGGCAACAGUUGGCGGCGGUGCAGCUGGCGCUGGCAGCGAUGCCAACAGUGGGGCACUCGAUGACAUCAAUGCGGAAUACGACAGCGGCGAGGAUAGCGAUAACUAUGAAGAGGAUGGCGCUGGCUCCGAUAGCGAUGUGGCCGGCAUUGCCGAUGCCUGGGAUCAAAAUGGCAGCUCGAGCGGUGCCAAGCCGGCUGCGUUGCCCUCGUUGAAGGCUCCCUCGAUGUCGCCGGCUAGCCUCACAGCUGUGGAUCAGCAACAAUCGAAGCAAUCGAAUCAACAGCAACAAGCUGCGAAACCGGAACUUGCCACAAGCACGCCACAAUUGUCAGCUGCUGCUGCCGCCGCUGCUGCUGCUGCUGCCUCAUCGGCUGCCAUGGCGGGUGUGGGUGCGGGUGCAAGUGCGGUGGGUGCACCGCCAUCGACGGCACAGCCAACAUCGGAUCCAUAUUUCACGCACUUCGAUCCCCACUACGAGCAUCAGAGCUACAAAGUAAGUCAGAAAGAAGCCCAACAGCGCCUUGAGGAAUCGCAUCGCGAGAAGGUCACCCGUGUGAUGAAGGACUGGUCCGAUCUGGAGGAGAAGUACCAGGACAUGCGACUGGCCGAUCCCAAGGCAGCCCAGAGUUUCAAGCAGCGCAUGACGGCACGCUUCCAGACUUCUGUUCAGGCACUCGAGGAAGAAGGCAACGCCGAGAAGCACCAACUGGCCGCCAUGCACCAACAGCGUGUCCUUGCCCACAUCAAUCAGCGCAAACGCGAAGCCAUGACCUGUUACACUCAAGCGCUCACCGAGCAACCACCAAACGCUCAUCAUGUCGAGAAGUGUCUGCAGAAAUUGUUGCGUGCUCUGCACAAGGAUCGUGCCCAUGCCCUAGCCCACUAUCGCCAUCUGUUGAACUCGGGCGGUCCCGGCGGUCUGGAGGCAGCCGCAUCGGAGCGACCACGCACACUGGAGCGUCUGAUCGAUAUCGAUCGUGCUGUCAACCAGUCGAUGACCAUGCUGAAGCGUUAUCCCGAACUAUCGGCCAAGAUUGCCCAACUGAUGAACGAUUACAUUUUGGCAUUGCGCAGCAAGGAUGACAUUCCCGGCUCAUCUCUGGGCAUGAGCGAGGAGGCCGAGGCUGGCAUUUUGGACAAGUAUCGCAUCGAGAUCGAACGCAAGGUGGCCGAGAAGGAGCGUUUGCGUCUGGCCGAGAAGCAGCGCAAGGAGCAGCGUGCCGCCGAGCGUGAGAAGUUGCGUGAGGAGAAGUUGCGCAUGGAGGCCAAGAAGGUGGACGAUAUGCUCAAGUCGCAGGCGGCAGAGCAAUUGCAAAAGCAGCAAACCCAGCAACAACAGUCCCAGUCACAGCAGCAACAACAACAACAACAACAGCAGCAGCAGCAACAACUGCAGGACAAGAGCAUCAAUAGCAAGGAGUUGAGCAUGGACGGAGUUGGCGGUCUGGUGACUGCAUCGAAUCUCAAUCUUGACACAACCAAGAGCGAGAAGGAGCUGGCUGAUGCUGAGUAUGCUGAGGCCACGGUCAGCACCAAAGUGCAGACCGUCUUGCCAACGGUGGAUGAUGAUGCUGUGCAGCGAGCUGUCGAGGAGGUGGCCGCCGCUGUGGCCCAUCAGGAGGCUGAGCCACAGGUGCAGCACUUCAUGACCCACGAUCUGGGCCACCGUGAAUCGAGCUUCUCGCUGCGACGCGAAUUCUCGCAUGCGCACGCGGCCAAGGAGGGGCGCAAUGUCUAUUUCACGCUCUCGUUUGCCGGCAUCGCCCUAAUGGCUGCCGUAUUUGUCGGCGUGGCCGUUGCCAAGUGGCGAACAUCGCGUUCGCCGCACGCGCAGGGCUUCAUUGAGGUGGAUCAGAAUGUUACCACACAUCAUCCCAUCGUGCAGGAGGAGAAAAUCGUGCCCAACAUGCAGAUCAAUGGGUACGAAAAUCCGACCUACAAAUAUUUCGAAGUGAAAGAGUAAACAACUAGAGAAAAGCGAGCAAAGCAAAAAAAAAUAAAAAAAUAAAACAAACAAUUAAUAAUUAAAUGCAUGCACCUAAACAAAUGGCAAGAAGAAGAAGCAGAAACAGAAUAAGAAGAAGCAGCAAAGCAAAGAGCAUGGCACAUCAAUAAAUGAAAAGAAACCAAAAAAAAAACCAAGAAUAAGAAAUACAAAAAAAGUAAAUGAAAUUAACAUAUAAAAAACAAAUAAGAAACAAACAUUUUUUUUUUUCGUCUAAAGGAGCGCAGUUCCGCAACAUAAGUGAAAUGUAAUGCAUCUAUAUAUUAAAUUUAAAAAAUGAAAGGCAAAAAUAUAAAGCAAGCAAUUAAAUUUAAGUAUUUAAAUGUUUAACAAAAAUAACAAAAACCAAAAAAAUGUAAACAAACCAAAACAAAAUGCAGUCAACAAAAAAGCAGCAUCUCUCUCUAGCUCUCUCUCCCCUUUCUCACAUUCUAAACCUAAGACAAAUACUUCAAAAUGAAAAUUGUGAACAGAAACAUGCGCGAAAUUGCAAGUGCAAAUGAAAGGAUACAAAUGGAGAAGCUCUUCAUUUGUUAUAUUCCCCAACAUCAACCAAAUGCAGAGCAAAAUUCAAAUGUUUGCCAAGGGAAAAUAAUAAAUUUUUGCGCGAUAUAGAAAAUUAAACAAAUGAUUUUGUACUACGUUGUUCUUGUUUAGAAGAAUUGAAAUUGAGAGGACUAAAGAAGAUGCUAAUAUUUGAAAUGUAAUGGCAAAUUCAAGAAUAUGUUAAUUUGAGAAAACAAAUAAAACGCAAUUGCAUUGCAACAUUUUGAGAAGCAAAAGAAGAAAGCAAAUGAAAAAUACGAAGAUUAUAUUCCUAGUAAAUAAAUUGUCAAGACAUUCACAACGCACACUCACAUUCACAGACAGUCAGACACACACACACACACCCACUUUCAUACACUCAUACAUAAUCAUAAUGCAAAAUGGCGGCAUUCGCAAAUAAUAUAAAAAGCGUAGCAUACUUUUUAGCGCCGCAAGCAAAAUUCUAAUGGAAAGCCGAAAAGUUGCUAUGAAAAUUACAAAACAAAAACAUUAAAAUUAAUGUUAAACUGCGCAGCAUGCUAAAAGAAAAACAAAGAUGAGUAGAUGCUAAAACUUUAAAACGCAUAAGCAAAAUACGUAAGCAAAAACCACACACACAAACACUCACAAACACACACACACACGUACAGAGCGACACAGACACAUGUGAACCUAAGAGCUACCUACGCGUACUAAUCUAUAAAUAUAUAUAUAUACAUAUAUAUACACACAUAUACAGCUAUAUAUAUGGCAAAACCACAAAAAUCACAUAUAUAUAUAUAUUGCUAUAUAUAUAUAUGUAUUAACAAUAUAUAAAAUGAAAAUGAGAAACGCAAAAGCAAAAGCAAAACGCAAAAAUGUCCAUAAAUGUAUUUAUGUAUCUAUACACAACACCCAAAAAAAAAAAGAAAAGCAAAAAAAAAAAAUCAAAUGAUGAAAGCAAAAACUCAGCUAGUAAGGCAACUAAAUAAUAUUAACAAAAGCAGCAAAUUAAGCAACAAAUGCAAGUGCAUAGCCAACAACAAAAAAAAAAAAAAAACAAAAUGAAACGCAUAUAAAAGAAAUGAGAUUAUUCAAUAGCAAGAAAGUUUUGCAAAAAUCUCUCUUUUCGAACAUUUUCUCAAGAUUUUUUGGAACUGGUUUUUCUUCUUUUGCAACUAACACAUACAUACACAUACACACUUACACACGCACACUAGAGCCCCUGGGAGUAUGCAGCAAAUUUGUUAUUGUGUUUGUUAUAGAUUUGUUCAUAUCAAAUGAUUUUGUUAAAUUAGACAAAUCGUUGAACUGAAGUUAGUUUUGCCAACUACUCAACAACAACAACAACAACAACAAGAACUACCGACGACACUGAAUCAAUAUCACAAUGCUAUGCAAACAAAAGUAUUGAAGUAUGUUCAGGGUUCACCCCAAGUUGCUCUUCAGUUGCGCUUCAAAACUGAUUGCACAAUGGCUGCAUCAAAACAAUUACUGACAAUUAAAGUAAAUACUGCAGACACAAGCGUAUGUUACAUACGGACAGGUGAACAAGUCACACAGCUGGACAAGCAAUAGACAAUAGACGGACCGAAUCAAAGCAAUUGACACUGGGAACAGAUAAACGACAAGUGGACAGACAGACGGACGGACAGACGGACAGACAGACAGAGGGACGGACAAGCUGGCAGGCGAGAUAAACCGAUUGAAAUUGCUAGUUUAAUUUUUCAGCUCGAUUGCUUGGCAAAUAUUUGACAAGUGUAUGCCAAAUGCUUUCAGAUUUGAGACGUUUUGUCAUUUAAUAAAAAGAUACACACACCCAUACACACCAAUACACACACACACAUACUCAUGAACCAAUACUCAGAUAAAAACACAAAGCAAAUCCAAUUUAUAUAAAUGUAAUUUGUAGUACAUUUUUUGCUAUAAACCAAAGUUUGUAACCUUAUUUGUAUAACUAUACGAAUAAAUCAAUAAUGAUAUAUGCAUAUAUACAUAUGUAUAUGUGUAUAUCACACUUAUAUGUAUGUGAAUGUAUAUGAAAUAUAUAUUUAGCAUCAACAACAAAACUCGUAUUUACUCCCUUCAACAGGCACUCGAUGUUGAUAUUCAAGAUUCAAUGAUUUCAAAUACGAUUUCGAUUCGCGAUAUUCACACAAAUUGCAUUAGCUUUUCAAAUUUCUUUUGUCGUUCGUUAGCUAUCAACUUUUCUCUAUUGCAUUCGGUUGCAUUACUCAGGCCUAUUACCACCAUCUUCCCCCCCACAAAAUCCAUAUUGCUGUGACACAUAUAUAAAUUUCAUAACCUCUCACUUUCUCAAAUAAUCUACACUUAACUGCGCGAACAUUGAGAAAAAUACUCAUAUGCUUCAAUGCAUAGGUACUUACAUUUAUAUAUAUAUAUAUAUAUAUAUAUAUAUACAAAUAUAUAUUGUAAAGCUUUUCUAGGCUCCAAGCAAAACUCCCAAACUAUCCGCUAUAAUCAUUGUUUUUGUUAACAUCUAUUUUUUUUUGCCCAAACAUACGCCAUACGUAAAUAAGUAUGUAUAAUAUCAUAUUCAGAACCCUCAAAGAGCAGCUUAAAAAGAAAUCAAAUCCGUAGUCCAUAAAACAUUUAUGCGGUGGCUGCAUUUUCACUCACACACACACACACACACACACUGCACACUCAUACAGACACUGACGUUAGAGUAUGACAAGAACUUCAACAGCAACAAAUAUAUAUAUAUAUAUUUCAAAUCACACAACUACAACAAGAACAACAACAACAACAGCAACAACACACAAAGUAAAUACCAAAAAAAUCUAACUAGUCAAAGCUUGAAUAUUUUUUAAUUUAUUCAUUAAUAUAUAAAAAUGACAAAAUAUAUACAUAUAUAAAAGAAAAUUAUUAAAAACAAAAAAAAAACAAUUGAUAUUUACACUUAGUGAAGCAAAAACAAAAAAACAAAAAGGAGAAGAGUAAAAUGAAAGCGAAAAUGCAAAUGUGUAAGAAAUAAACCCCGUCCUGCGUAAAUAAAAUUAAACAUAAAAAGUAAAAAAGAAAAAAAUAUCAUAAAUGAAAAAUUUACACAAAAUUUAAAAGCAAAACAUUAACAAAAUGCAAAAAAAAAAAAACACAAAAACCAAAAAAAAAAAAUACAAAACAAAACAACAACACACAAAAAUAUAAGAAAAAAAAAACGUGUAAUAAGUCGCAUGUGUUUUUGUCGUAGUCUCAUCAUAAAAACAAAAAUAAGAAAUGAAAAUGAAAGGAAAUAAAAGAAAACCGAAAAAAUAAAAUUAAAACAUAACAAAGAAAAUGUGUAAUUCUUUUUGUCAACUAUGAUUUUUGCAUAGGUUCGAAAUGGAAACGUAUAAAAAAUUUAAAUAUUAAAUGUACUCAAUGACAAUUGUAAUUGCAACAAUAAUUGUACGCUAUAUAUAUUAUUAUUAAAGUGGAAAGUGUAAACAUUGCGCCAUGCAAAUUGUAAUUGCAAAAAAAAAAAACAUAUUUUCAACAACAAUAUGCAACAUGC